UCAAUAUCUUAAGUGAUAAUAAAAAACCAAAAAAAACUCAACGAUGCCUUUAACAUUCAAAGGUACAUUUCCUCCCUCUCACAAUCCUCCGUUGCUCUUUGCCCCUACUCUUUCAUAGCAAAAUAUUCAGUUCUAAUGGCUUUGCAUGGCGAAGAGCUUGAGUAUAACUUAAGCCUAAGAGAAUUGACUCGAAAAAGUCAUCUAACUUGCGAAAAUCGAAUUUCUACAAGGUUCUCUGCCUCAUGUAUCCGAAGCUUCAGAGAAGAUCACAAGUCUUGUGCAACAAACUUCACCAUCUCUAGUAGUACUCCGUCUUCUCCUGGCUACUCCCUCAAAGAUGAGAUUGACCCAUCAGAUUAUUCCUUCACUAGUGCACUCAAGGCAGCAUUACAAGCAAAAACAAUGUACAAGAAGAAACGUGAUUGGUUGAAACCAGAAGGGGUUGUUGAGCUAAACUCGAAAUGGAACGAAGCAGAGAAGUACAUCUGCAAUCCUUUGUCUGGUGAAGUUCCUAUAGAGUGUUUGUCUUCUAGAACCCUAAAUUCAAGAUCCUUCAGAAACUUAUCCACCACGCAUUCUCCUCCAUUCACGAUUUUGCCUUCCAAUCAUAAUUUCAACAAUCCAAGAACGAUUAAUACUCCUACCGUCAGAAUC